AGUAUAGUAUUUAAUACGUAUUAAAAUAUAUCGGUGUAAACUAGACUAUAAUAUACAAUAUACUUUUUCGACGAUAGAUCAAAAAGCGUUUAGAACUUGAUGUAACAUUUAUCUCAUUUAUUAUAUUGAAUUAAGAGUCGAGUGUUUUUUUAAAUAAUUAUACACACUGACCUACACGCGUCAUAGACAAUGUAUAAUUCUGAUAAAAGCGAUGAAGUUCUGCGAUGUCCUUACAACAAACAUCACUUUGCACCAAGGUCAAGAUUUCAACGGCAUCUUGUAAAAUGCGAAAAAAAUUACCCGCCAAAUUACAAGGUCAUCUGCCCGUACAAUGCAACGCAUCGUUUAAGCAAAAGCGAGAUCGAAGAACAUAUCAAUACGUGUCCUAUGAGGAACAUUGUUGAAGCAAGUUAUAUUCAACCACCAAGUACCCAUGAUAUGGUAAAAUCAUCAGAAGAAUAUAAAUGUACAAGUGAGAUUGAUAGCGAUGUGUUCUGGGAAAGUCAAGAAGAAAUUAGAAAUUUGCCAAAAAUUCCUUUAAACUCCAAAUUUAAAGACCAAACCAAUGCAUCUAUCGAAGGAAAUAUGGAGUCGUUUGAUAGUACAAUGAAUAUUGGACAAGGUAAUUUAAUACAUCACUAUGAAUAUCUCAGCGAUGAAUCUAUAAGAGAUGAUGCGGAAUCAAUUGGACGAGGCAGAAUGUCUAGCAGUGCCGAAUAUUAUGGAAGAUUCAAGAUAUGAGAGAAGGAACAAACUAAAUUGUUUGUUAAAACUAAUAUAAACAGAAGAAAAAUGUAAUAUAGAUAUAACAAAGUGAUAGAUAAACUUGACAAAAAUAAAAUAAAAAAAUUACUUUUUUAUAUUUGAUAACAAAAUGGAAAUAAAAACACUUUAACUAUCUUCAUUAAUUGUGUGUUCCAUAAAUAACUUUUUUAUGAGCAAGUUUUCUUCUGCGUUUUACCCAAAUGUUUUUAUUUUCUCGCAUAAAUUUUAUUUUUAUACUUUACAUAAAUCCUAAUAUUUACAAAUGUAUUAUAUUUCAAGUAAAUUUCUGAUGAACGAAUUAUAUGUAUACUACAUAUUAAUAUACAUAUAGAAAACGUAAUAUCAAAUGUCAAUAGAGUGGACACACACAAAUUUAUUUUUGAAUCUAUAUAUACAAAUAUGUAUAUUUCAUUAAUAUAUCUUAUUAAGCAUUUCAAACUGCCCCAUUUUUGUUUUUUAAUUUAAUUGUUUCACGGAGUACCAAAAAGUUUACUGCCUAGUAUAAUUCUGGAAAUAUACAAACUUCUUAAAUUUUGUAUUUAGUCUUUCGUCUUUCUAUAUAGAAAGAUAUUGCACAAGAGUAUAACAAAUAUUAUAUAAUUCUUAUUGAAUGAUACAUAAUCACCUCUCUAAAUACAAUUUAGAAAUUCAGGACAUUAAAUAAUUUUGAUGCUCAAAAAAACCAUAUACAUAAUAUUUAAUUUUUAUAUAUUAUUUGAUAUGGAGAUGGCAUCUCAUUAAUUAUCGCAAUGUAUACAUGAAAUGUGAAAUAUACAUAAAAUUUAUAUUUACAAUUAAUAACUAAACAUAUUCAUGUU